UUGUAGGUGCUUGCACUUUUUGUGCUAUCCUUUAUUCCUUGGCCUGGACCUACUAUUUUCAAGAUCUCGUGUCCAAGAGACAGUGCCACAGUUGUUAGAAGGAUUAUUCAAAAAAAAUGGGUACCAGUAUUGGAGAAAUAUCAAGUAAAAAUACCUAUAGAAUGUCCUUUUCAUCCUACAAGAGAUAUUUUUUGGCCACAACAGUCUGCAAAGCAGCAGCAUCGACCUUCUCAGUGGACAUGUGGCCUCUGUGGAAAGUCUUUUUAUUCCGAAGCCUAUCUCGAUAUGCAUUUCGAUAACAGGCAUAAAAAUGUGGUUAAUCUAGCAGAAGAUGCUGUUUGUCUUGCCGACUACUGCGACAUUAUGCGCUGUGAUAUAUUAAGAAAACAGAUUAUGAGUGAACCUGGUGAAGGACCACAAAUAAAUACUGAUAUAGAAAUAUGGAGGGAAGCAACAGCUUAUCAUACUGCCUUAAGUCCAACUGGUCCAAGAGAACUAGCUAGGGUGUCACCGCAUUCUUUCCGGCCUCCUCAGUCAACUCAUAGUUCUGUCGGAGUUCGAAGUUGUGCAAGAUCAGAUGCACCUCAAGCUGAAGGUGACAUCAACAGUACUGCAGAUAUUUGUGAUAACUUAGUGGAUUCUUCAGUUCCCCCCAAGCACAGGAUUAGUGAACUUCAAAGAUUAAAAGCUAAUUGUAAACCAGACAUAUUGCAGAAAUUGAAAACACGCUGUGAAAUUCUUGUAAGGGAUUGCAUUGCUGGUCUCCUUGUAAAUUUGUCAACUGAAGAUUUUAAGGAUAUUGAAGAGGAACUAAACCAUGCUAUCUGCUGGUAUCUAACAUGUGAUCGAUAUUGGGAGGAUUCGCCCAUAGAAACAAGACCAUUUCCAUGGGGUCUUUUGUUUGUUCUUGUUAUGGCUCUCUCUCUAUUUAUUUGCCUUUGUUAUUAUAUUAUCUGGGUCCUCUUUGAUUCUGAUGACAUGAGUAUUGCAAGUACAAGUGUAACUGCAAGCUCAUCACCUGCUCGACAUUCUCAUUAUUCCGAAGAAUAUUACCCAGUUUCAGAUGAUUUAGGGCAAAAUGAACACUAUAUCUAUGUGACAUACCCUCCUGAUUUAAAGAGAAGGUUAUUAGAAAGGUAUUUUACUUUUUAUAAUAUAUUUUAG